UCUGGAAGAAAAGGUUAAGGUUAUUUACAGACGUGGUCCAAUGAACUCCGUUGAUAUAUUUCUGCUGCCAAAGACGAAAUCCUUAUUAUCAAGAAAACCGGAGCUUGGGAUAUUAAUGAUGAACAGAGUAGCUGCUGACCUAUGAGAUACUGAUUCUCAUAGGGAGCAAGGUCCAUCUUGCUGAGCUCUCAUUAUUUCUUCUUCCCGUAUCACCAUUGCAACAGAGGACAACUAGAGAUGUGCAGCUGCUGAAGCGAGGGAAACAGGCCGGCUUUGGAAAGGAAGCAAGGACAGGGCAGUUGAAGAAGCUGAGAGCAGAAAGAAUGGGGAGAAACCCCAAAGGACGCUCUUUUCUUCUUCUUUUAUCUUUAUGUGUCUUGUCUUCUCUGGUUCCAAUCCAUGGAAAGAAGCAAGGAGAUGUUCUCCAUUCCAUCAAUUCUAGGGUUUAUCGUCAAAAAGGACUGAAGGAGAAAGAUUUGAUCAAAAGGUUGCCUGGACAACCGCCAAUUGAAUUCAAUCACUAUGGUGGUUAUGUCACCAUUGAUGAAUUGGCUGGUCGAGCAUUUUAUUAUUAUUUUGCCGAAGCAAGGCGAAAUAAGGACUCGAUGCCACUUCUUCUAUGGCUUAACGGAGGUCCUGGAUGCUCAUCCUUCGGCAUUGGAGCAAUGCAGGAACUCGGACCGUUCCGAGUUCAUAGCGACGGGAAGACUCUCUAUAGAAAUAAAUUUGCAUGGAAUAUUGCUGCGAACGUCUUGUUUCUAGAGUCUCCGGCUGGUGUCGGUUUUUCUUAUUCUAACACAACGGCGGACUAUAGAACGAAUGGUGACAGCAAAACAGCCGAGGACAAUUAUGUGUUCUUGCUAAAUUGGCUGGAGAGGUUUCCCGAGUACAAGAACCGGGAUUUUUUCAUUUCAGGCGAGAGCUAUGCGGGCCAUUACGUACCUCAGCUCGCACACAACAUCCUAUUCAACAACAAGAAGGCAAACAAGACCAUUAUCAACCUCAAAGGGAUUAUAAUUGGGAACGCAGCAAUCAACUCUGAGACGGAUGAAAGAGGGAUGUAUGAAUACUUCGCUACCCACGCAUUGAUAUCCCAAGAAACAUGGUAUGCAAUUCAAAAGUAUUGCGACUUUUUGCCAAAUGCCACUCAAGUAAGCCAAUGCAAAUCGGCCAAGUUGGAUGCGGAGAAUGAAGUUUUUCCUCAUAUUGACAUUUACGACAUCUACGCCCCUCGGUGCUUAUCUUUCAACCUGACUUCUCGUCCCAAGAAGACCAACAUCAUGGAAUUAGACCCGUGUGGAGAAUACUACGUGCAUGCGUACCUGAACAGAGAAGAUGUGCAAGAGGCACUUCAUGCGAACGUUACGAAGCUCGAUCAUGACUGGGAAGAGUGCAGAGAAGUUAUCCAUCCAUGGGGAGAUAGCCCUCCCACCGUCCUGCCUCUCCUCCAAGAAUUCAUGUCCAAUGGGCUCCGUGUUUGUGUGUACAGUGGGGACACCGACGGAAGAUUGCCGGUGACUUCGACCCAGAGAUCUCUUAGCAAGAUGGGCCUCCCAACGAAGAGUCCAUGGCGUCCUUGGUUCCUGGGUGGCGAGGUGGGAGGGUAUGUACAAGUGUACGAGGGAGACUUGACGUUUGCGACUGUGCGAGGAGCGGGGCAUAAGGUGCCGAUCUCUCGGCCCGGGAGAGCUCUCUCUCUCAUCUCUCACUUCCUUGCUGGUUCUCUACUCCCAUAUAAAUAGACCCUCGAGUGCUUGAAGAUGAUGGAUCGA